UCGAUCACGCAAUCAACGGUUCAGAUCGAUUUCCAGGAUUCUACAUAGCGUCAAAGGAGGAGCCAUACCCCCAAGUAUUCCGAUGUCGUCGCCGGCGUCUUCGCUUCUCCGCGUUCGGAGGCAGUUGUUGUCUUCUGCUUUCAGCGCUCUCUCUCUCCGACGCUUCUCCACUUCUUCACUUCUUGAUGUUUCGGGGGAGAGCAAAGAAAAUGCCACGCUUGGACAAAGACCUAGUUUUAUUCACCCCACUGCGGUUGUUCAUCCGGAUGCCGUUUUAGGUCAGGGCGUUUCAAUUGGACCGUUUUGUACGGUUGGAUCAUCUGUGAAGUUGGGUAAUGCUUGUCAGCUAUAUCCUGGAAGUCACAUUUUUGGAAAUACUGAAAUUGGGGACCAGUGUGUUUUGAUGACUGGAGCUGUGGUUGGAGAUGAUAUUCCUGGGCGCACUGUCAUUGGACGCAACAAUUUCAUAGGGCAUCAUUCUGUAGUUGGUAUAAAAUGUCAAGACAUGAAAUACAGGGCAGGAGAUGAAUCCUUUUUAGAGAUUGGUGACAAUAAUGAUAUCAGGGAACAUACUUCUGUCCAUCUAUCUUCAAAGCCAAAUGAUAAAACAGUCAUUGGUAAUAACAAUCUGAUAAUGGGGUCAUGUCAUAUUGCCCAUGACUGCAAAGUUGGUAACAAUAACAUAUUUGCAAAUAAUAGUCUUCUAGCAGGCCAUGUGGUUGUGGAGGACUAUGCUCAUACUGCAGGGGCCAUUGUUGUUCAUCAAUUUUGCCGUAUCAGUUCCUUUUCUUUCAUUGGUGGUGGUUCAGUGGUUUCGCAAGAUGUCCCAAGAUACAUGAUGGUGUCUGGAGAGAGAGCUGAACUUCGUGGUUUGAAUUUGGAAGGUCUUCGACGACGUGGAUUCUCAGAUACUGAGAUCAGGAGCCUCAGAACAGCUUACAGGAAGAUAUUCAUGCCUACUGAUGCAAGUGGUGGGGGCAUCGAGAAACGUCUUGCUGAAUUGGUAUUCCAUGACUGUCUCUUCUGUUGCACUUUCAACCCAAUAUGUACGCUAAUUGAUAUUUCAACUUUGAAGGAGCUGCACGAAGAAUUGGCUUGUGUUCCUGCUGUGCUACAAAUGGUAGUGUCUAUUCGCAAUUCUUUUGCGGAGGAUCGUCGUGGAAUUUGCAAGUUCCGAUCUUGGAGUGAUUCUUGAACAUGUGCAGUAUGUUUCUGUUUAUAUUGGUGCUUUCGACCUACUUCCUCUUUGAAUUCUAUUGAACAGUUCCUAAGUUUCUUGAGCCAGUCACAGAGCUGCGCAUGAAAGCAACCACGAAGCUCUUGCUAGUCUGUUGUGAAGGUUAAAAUUUGUUGCAGUUAUGGAAAGAAGUGUUAUAAAGUUGGAGAUGAACAAGAAACUGAGUGAAUUGGAUCAAGGUCUCGAAAGGAAAACUGAUUAACACAACGUGUUUUUACACAGGAUUGAGACCUCCAACUGCUUUGUAUUGGUUUCAGAUUAGGAUUUAAGGACUAGUUGGAUAAUGUACAUGUUGGUUGUUGAUUGCAGCAAAUGAUUGAUCACUUGUUCAAAACCGAAGACGUUGGGAGACUGACAAGCACCUAUCAAGAAGGCCAUUUUGAUCCACCUUUACCCAGAAACUCAUCCAGAGACUGGCAAGCACCCGACUCCAUGAGCCUUAGCAUCGAUAAGUAUGUCGCGACUUUUAGCCUGAUUGUUUAUAAUGUUCAUAACUACCUUUAAAUGAUGAAAUGUUUGAAACUUUGAUUUUGAAGUUUUGAGAUUCUAUUUCUUUGCUUGCA